AUGGAUAAGCUUACCGAGAUUCUCGCCUUGAUGCAAGACCAGAUGGAGCGCCAGGAGAGCAUGCUGAUGUUCAUGCAGAAGCAGCAAAAGGAUACCUCCGAGUCCUUCUUCCGUGCCUUGGAAAUGAUGGAAGUGCGGAUGAAUAGGGCGAAUCCCGCAGCUGUGAAGUAUAGCAUUUUUGACUCACUCUGCCGACGCACCGACAAGUUCAACUUUGAUGCGGAAAACGGAAGAACGUUUGAUAUAUGGUUCAAACGCUUCAAGGACGUCUUCGACAACGAUUGUACGGAGCUGAGUGAGCAAGAAAAGACGCGCUUGCUAGCAAGCCGCUUAGAUGAAGAUUGUCACCAGCUGUUUUGCGGUUCAAUUGCGCCGAGGUCGCCGUCAGAAUUGUCAUGGGAUGAAGCCGUUGCUACUAUGGACCGCCUAUUUGGUUCUGCGAAGACCUUGUUCCGUCGACGGUUCGAAUGCUUCAAAAUCAUGUAUGACCACCAAGAUUUCGAUAAUUAUGAGAUGCUUGUGCGCACGCGAUGUUCUGAUGCCAAAUUCGACUCCAUAAGCUUCGAUGGCCUUCAGUGUCUCGUCUACGUUGCCAGAUUCCAGGGAGCCGAAUUCGCUGACUACAGAACACGACUACUGAGGAAGUUAGAUCAAGGAGAUAACAUCACGAUCAAAGACCUCACAGCCGAAUGUCAACUCAUCAAGUCGUACAAAAAAGAUGCAAGAAUGCUGGAAAGCACAGCGGACCCUAACAUUGCGACCAACUACGUCGGCAGGAAGAGAAAAAGAAGAAAUUUCAACCUGAAGCAAAAACCAAGGAAUAGGAAAGAAUUCAAUGCGCUUCGGAAUCCAAGAUCUGGUAAACAGGAAUCACUGCCACCGUCACGCCCACAAACCAGACGUAACAGUACAAGGAGCUGCCAGAUAUCAGAAUCGAGUUGGAAGAAACUCGGAAGACCCCAGCUACAGAAAUUCAACACGAUCGUCAAUGCCGCAAACGGAACAAGGAUCCCCACAAAAGGAUACAUCCUUGCCAACUUCGUGCUGAGAAGCUCAGAUGGAAGGCAGCACCGUGGACAAGGAUGCUGCCACGUCACCGAAAAACUCGACAUUUUUGGCUGGGAAUGGAUCCAAAAGAUUCCGGAACUAGUGGAACCACUACAAAAAUACACUAGUGGAGUGACCAUCGUUGCUGAUCCUGCGGCUUCGUGCCGGGAAGAGAUUGUCGCCAAGCUGAAGAUCAAUUAUGCCGACGUAUUCAGGGCAGGGCUCGAACGAUGCACAAAGACGAAGGCGACACUCCAGCUAAAACCCGAUGCUCAUCCUGUCUUCAAAAAGAAGUGCCCCGUGCCAUUCGCUUACGUCGCGGCCCUCGAUGAAGAGAUUGACCGUCUACUUGCAGAACAAGUGCUUUCUCCGGUUGACUACUCUGCUUGGGCAGCCCCGAUUGUCGUCGUCAAGAAAUCAAAUGGAACACUACGACUCUGUGCUGAUUUUUCUACUAAAUUAAACGACGCGCUGAUACUACAUAAACAUCUGCUGCCAACUCCGGACGACGUUUUUACGAAACUAAACGGUGGCACAACAUUCACACAAAUCGAUUUCGCCGAUGCUCAUCUUCAAAUCGAAGUCGAUGAUGAGGCGAAGGAGCUACUAACCAUUAAUACGUACAGAGGACGGCUCCGCUACAAUCGCCUCCCGUUUGGCGUCAAGUAUGCGCCAGGCAUCUUCCAACAAAUCAUAGAUUCCAUGAUUUAUGGACUCAAAGGCUGCGCUGCUUACCUCGACGACGUUACCGUCACAUGCCGCAACAUCGAAGAGCACGUUGCCAAUCUGGAAGUUCAAGAGGGUAUCCGACUAUGGCUUCCGUGUUCGAGUGGACAAGUGCAAUUUCCUUAUGCCUCAACUCCGAUACCUUGGAAAUAUUAUCGACUCCACUGGACGCCGACCUCCUGCCAAGAUCGAGGUGAUUCGCAAGAUGCCAAACCCCACGGACAUCGGUCAGGUGCGAUCGUUCUUGGGGAUGCUCAACUACUAAGGACACUUCAUCAGCGAGAUGCGACAACUGCGUGCACGUUGGAUGAUCUACUGAGGAAGAAUGCUCUGUUCAAAUGGUCUGCCGAGUGCCAAGACGCCUUCCAACGCGCCAAGGAUGUGCUAGCCUCGGACUUCCUGCUCACCCACUACGAUCCUUCGAAAGAGAUCGUCAUCGCGGCCGAUGCAUCGGAGUACCGGUUGGGAGCAGUGAUGAGUCACCGUCUCUCGGAUGGAACGAAAAAAGCGAUUCACCACGCUAGCCGCUCUUUGACAGCUGCCGAGAGGAACUACGGUCAAGUCGAGAAAGAGGCUCUCGCUAUAACGUUCGCCUUACAGAAGUUUCACCGUUACAUAUACGGACGCCAUUUCAAGCUGUUAACCGAUCACAAGCCGCUUCUCGCUAUUCUCGGAAGCAAGAGAGGAGUGCCAGUAUAUACGGCCAACCGACUCCAGCGUUGGGCACUGAUUGUGAAAAAUUACGGCUUCACUAUUGAAUACCGACACACAACCAACUUCGGACAAGCUGACGCCCUAUCUCGCCUUAUUGCAGAACAAUCGACAAGGGAAGAAGAUGUAGUCAUUGCAGCUAUCGAGAAAGAUGCGUCAACCAUCUUCGUCAAUGCAGUGUCUUCGCUGCCAGUCGAUGCAAGGAAGAUAGCGGAGGAAACGUCCAAAGAUCCAAACCUGAAAGAAGUGCUACAUUUUGUGCGAAGGGGAGAGUGGCCAAAGAAGUCGGAUGUUGCCAAAAGAUUCAAUUCUCUCAAGAAAUCGCUCUCCACGCAAAAUGGAUGCCUAUUAAUCGGAGAUCGCAUUGUCAUUCCAGAUACUUUACGAAAAGCAGUACUUUCCGAACUCCACGACGGACAUCCAGGGAUGACUCGCAUAAAGAUGCUCGCCAGAAACUAUGUUUACUGGACAAACAUAAACGACGACAUCGAAACUUUCGUGAGAACAUGCCGUUGCUGCCAGGAAACUGCUAAGAAUCCAAUCAAGACUACGCUUCAUUCAUGGCCGAUAGAGGACAAACCAUGGAAUCGUAUACUUGCCGAUUUUGCUGGACCAAUGAAUGGGAAGAUGUACUUCGUCGUUGUCGACGCUUACUCGAGGUGGCCGGAGAUCGUGGAAAUGUCAUCAGUGACGACAAGUUGCACAAUUAGAGAAUUACGCCGUCUUUUUGCCCAAUUCGGCAAUACGCAGACACUGGUAACUGACAAUGGAGCUCAAUUCACAUCUGCUGAGAUCGAUGACUUCUGCACCAAGAACGGUAUCAGACACAUCAAGUCUCCUCCAUUUCACCCACAGUCUAACGGUCAGGCAGAGCGGUUUGUUGACACCUUCAAAAGAAGCUUCAAAAAAAUGAAGGAAAGUUCAUCGCCGACAAAAGCUCUAUAAAACUUCCUGCAGACUUAUCGUUGAACUCCUUGCCCCUCCGCACCAGGAGGACAGUCACCUGCAGAACUGUUCCUCGGGAGACAGAUCCGGACAAGACUCAACCUUCUCAAACCGUGUGCCAUUACGAACUCCAACAAACGAGAUCAGAAAAUGGAGGCAUAAUAUAACCGCCAUCACGGAGCCAAAGAGAAGCAAUUCAAAAUUGGAGACUUCGUGUGAACUAAGGACUAUCGUUCCGGAUGGCGGAAGCAGACGCCGGGUCAAGUACUACAACGACAUGGAGACAGACUGUACGACAUAGCAGUAAAUGGAGAAAUCUGGAAGAGACAUGCUAAUCAGCUACGCUUACGCGUUAAUAGUGAUGAACACACCACCGUACCAACAACAGAACUCGCUGAGCUACAGCUGCUACCAAUGUCAGCGCCAGCCAAUGUUACAGGAGAAAGAGAGACAAAACAACCUACCAUUGCGGGCGGACCACAACUCACACCAGCAAUGGACAGUAUCACAAGAACGACUCCUUUUGAGACUCAAGAAAUUGAUGGACAACGCCCAACCAGAUCACGACGCGCACCGAAGAAUUGA